AUGUUGACUGAGUACUUCGUUGAGAAUACUAGAAAUAAAUUAGCACAGAAACUUAAUCUUACAUAUUCUCAGUUUCCAGAUCACUUUGUGUGGAAACUAGGCGAGAAGAUGUGGUCACCUAGGCAAAUAGGUGAUUCAAUAGGUCGCAUUGUUAUUGCUCAUCCAAGUGAAGGCGAAAGGUAUUAUCUUAGGAUUCUGUUAUCGAAAGUUCGUUGUCCCAAAGACAUGUUUUUUUUGCAAGAUGUCUCUUUGUUCUUAUCUAACCUUUUCUUCUCCCAUCAAAAUCGUGUACAAGCCCUAAAACCACCCCACCCUACCCAUCGAUUUUGCUCCUUCUACUACGGUGCCUUCAAUGGCUACCAUGGAUUUGGUGGCACAGAUACUCCGACAACACCGCCCGCUUCUCCCUCCCACUGGUUCUGCGUAAAAGAAGCGCUUAUGUUUCUGGAGUUUGAUGUUAAUCAAGACAGCAAUUUGCAUAUCACUGCUUGUGAAGGGCAUGUUGAGGUUGUUCAGCUUCUGUUGUGUUACAAGGCCAACAUUGAUGCCCGUGAUCGUGAUGGCAUCUCAAAGGAAACCUAUCAAGUUGCUAAAUGGAUUGGAACUAAAGUUUCAUUGAAGAUAUUAGACAAAGAUAGCUACUUUGACCCUGAAAGCGUAAAUGCUUUUAAAGAUGAGUUGACUUUGUUGGAGGAAACAAAAACUCACUUUGACAACAAAAGGGCAUACAAAAUAUUUGAGGAAAUGUCAACAAACAAUUAUGUUCAAAGCAUGUAGUUUUAUUAUGCUUCAUUUCUAAUGAUUCGUGAACUUG